AUGGCUGAAACCUCCACGCUGCAGCUGUUCGUCAAGGCGAGCGAGGACGGUGAGAGCGUGGGCCACUGCCCGUCCUGCCAGCGCCUCUUCAUGGUCCUGCUCCUGAAGGGCGUGCCCUUCACCCUGACCACAGUGGAUACUCACAGGUCGCUGGACGUGCUCAAAGACUUCGCGCCAGGCUCGCAGCUGCCCAUCCUGUUGUACGACGGGGAGGCCAAGACCGACACGCUGCAGAUCGAGGAGUUCCUGGAGCAGACGCUGGGGCCGCCCGACUUCCCCAGCCUGGCGCCGCGGUACCGGGAGUCCAACACGGCGGGCAACGACGUCUUCCACAAGUUCUCCGCCUUCAUCAAGAACCCUGCGCCCGCGCAAGACCAAGCCCUGUACCAGCAGCUGCUGCGCGCCCUCGCCCGGCUGGACGGCUACCUGCGCGCGCCCCUGGAGCAUGAGCUGGCGCGGGAGCCGCAGCUGCGGGAGUCCAGCCGCCGCUUCCUGGACGGCGACCAGCUCACCCUGGCUGACUGCAGGCUGCUCCCCAAGCUGCACAUUGUGGACGCCGUGUGUGCGCACUUCCGCCACGUGCCCAUCCCGGCUGAGCUGCGGGCCGUGCGCCGCUACCUGGACAAUGCGCAGCAGGAGAAGGAGUUCAAGUACACGUGUCCGCCCAGUGCCGAGAUCCUGGCGGCCUACCGGCCUGUCGUGCGCCCCCGCUAGCACCCGCACCCCAAGAGCCAGAAUGACUGUGCGAGGAAGCCGUGCAGCGGCCUCGAUGGGGUUCCCAAACCAGUCAGGCAGGGCGCCCUGACGUUCAAGGGGGCGGUGCUGAGCCUGCCAGCCCAGGCCAGGCCAGGGGUGUGCCCGAGACCCCCAAACACGUGUGUGCUCCGAACCUGUGAGUGUUCUUCUGGGGUGUGCGGGGGCUGUGUUCUGCAGCUGGGACCCAAGCCUGGGGCCCUGGCUGUGCCCCCUUGGC